AUGAUGACUGAGGGGAUUCACUUAACUGACUUGGAUUCGUUAGUUAAAGAUCCUAAGUGUGUGGAGGAUCUGAGGGAUCUAGUCAACGAGAAUAUUGACAAAUACUCAAAACAGAUAAAUAGUGAGAACUCCUCGCAAAUAUUAGAGAUUAUGUUGCAAAUAGAAAAGAGGUGUAGACAAGCCUUUGAUGGAGAUUCACUCUGCAUACUAGCUGAAAAGAUAAUAAUCUGGUCUGAAAAAUAUGGAAGUUUGGAUACAUCCCUUGAAUACCUACAAUUACUUUGUAAAAAACGUGGACAAUUGAAAAAAGUAAUUUCUCAUAUUAUUCAUAUAUUCAUGAAAUGGUUAAUUGAUUGUGAAUAUAUUAAGAUCGAGUGGUUUGAGUCAAAUAAUCACGGAGAAUUAAAUAUUUUUGCAAAAUCCAAUGAACAUUCUCCCUUAAUAUCUACUGAAGACUGUAUAAAAGUAAUUACAGCAUUGAAUGAGAUAACAAAAGGGAAGAUAUACUUAGAACUUGAAGCUGCACGUCUAAUGAUUAUAUUAAGCAGAAUCAAAGAGAGCCAAAAUAAAGUCAAGGAAGCAUCAAAUAUACUGGAAGAUAUAACUAUUGAGACUAUUGGAAAUAUGGAAAUUAAAGAGAAGUAUCAAUAUAUUCUAGAGCAAAUGAGAUUGGCUUUGUUGUGCAAGGACUUUGUUCGUUUGCAGAUAUUUGCCAAGAAGAUAAACACAAAAGUACUCGACAACUAUAAUGAUUUAAAACUUAUAUAUCAUCAGUAUCUUAUAUACUUAUGGUUAUAUGAACAAGAGCCUUACGAAAUUGCUCAGUGUUAUGCUAAUCUCUUGGAUUCACUAAUCACAUCAUCUUCUAGUGACAAUCUUGACACCUUUAGCUCUAUACCAAAUCAUAUAAAGAUAUUUAGUUAUCCUAAACUCGAUAUAUCAUUAUGUAUCGAAGGAUUUAUAUUUUAUAUGGUUCUUGUACCAUGCUCUGAGAUUAAAGAUAAUGAAUUAGCACGAUUCAAGAAGAAGUAUAUAAAGUAUAUUCAACAAAAAAUUCCAUAUUGUGAAUACUUUAUUGAUAAUUAUUUAAAUAAGGAAGUUCUUUUUUUUGAGAAUACUAAGUUUUUUACAUAUUCUAUACCAUCUUAUUUUGAACAACAUAUAAAGAAAUCAGACAUCUUUGUGCGAGACAGCAAUAUUGAGUAUAUUAGAAUGGAUUGUUUAGACAACAGAAAUAUGUUAGUUCCCAAGAUGUAUUAUCAAUAUCACAAAAGAUGUAAAAUUAAUUUGUGUAUAGCCUCCGAUAGACUUAAACUAUUUUUACAUCGGAUACAACAAAGAAAUUUAUGCAUCUUCUCUAGAUAUUAUAGAACUAUUACUUUUGAAAGAAUACAAGAACUAAUAAAUAUUGAUGAAGUUGAUUUGCAAAUUGAGGUUAACGACUUAAUUGAACGGAGGUUGUUUUCUGCAAAAAUCAAUCAACCUGAACGCUAUAUACACUUCAAUUACUCAGACAACUCUAACUCUACAUUUGUAUUCAACAAAUAUCAUUCUAAUAUUAAGGAUAUCUUAAACAAGCUGGACUUAGUUAAUGACCUUAUCUCUAGUGAUCAAAUGAUCCACCAGUUUAGAGUAAAGAGAGACGCUACACAUGCAUAA